AUGACUCGAAGUAGGAACUUGCGCCUAUAUCGUGCAUGUGAACGAUGCCGCCAACGAAAGCUCAAGUGUGAUCCAACCUCGCCCCAGGGAGGAGGAGAAUCACCGUGUUUUGAAUGUCUUCGCGCAGGCCAGGAGUGUAAAUUGGCUGGCUCAAAGCGUGGUGGAAACUUUUCUCGCAUGAGACGUACAAAGGAAUCAAGCAAUACCCCAACAGCAGUGGCGAAUUCACCGAAGGAUCCGGCAUCGAUUGAUAGCUGGCAUAGAAGCAGAGAGAGUGCUAGACCUGAUACAGAGGAGAAUGAUCCUGAAGAACCUAUCUACGCCGAACUUAAAAAUCCGUGCGACGCUCUCCAAAUUCUCGCCAAACUCGCCGCGGCUGAUGCCCCUUCAACCGCUCCAGUCAAUCACAGAACGCCUCCACAUAGCUUAUGCUCUUGCACAGAUCAACAUGACGGCCAUGCCGCAAGUUGUACGAGCCCCGUUGAUAAUACCUGGGUAGAUCCCACUCAAAACUCUCGAUAUCAUUCCCGGCUGUCGGAGACUGAGGUUUUGGUGAACGAUGUUUUAGGGGUAGCUAUGACACUCCAGCUGCUUCGACUUUACGCCGAAAACUACCACCCAUUUUGUCCAUUGGCAUCAAAGGGCAUCUUGGAGGCCAAGGAUGUAGGCCAGAUAUCGAUCAGUGAACCGUUCUUGUUAACGGCCAUUUUAACUAUUGCCUCAAAAGACGAGCCAACUCUUCGUGAUAUCCAUCAACGUUGCUGGCAGUCGAUGAAACGCCUUAUGCUUGAUGUUCUUCUGGCCGUCCCAUCCACCCUGAAUGUUGGCUCCGUGGAGGGCCUUCUCUUGCUCGCAGAGUGGGUUCCUUAUGAGCUACCCGAAACAUGCUGGAAUACAAAGCUAGAUCAUCGAAACCUUAGUGCAGUAGAAGACAAUACGGCUUGGUCCCUAGUCGGCCAGGCAGUAAGACAUUCAUACCUCCUGGGGCUGGAUACGACUUCAUUCCGGGGAACGGUUUCUAGCGACUCUCAAGAAAUAGAAAAUCGCAAACGGUUAGCGUGGAUAUUCGUGUACAUCUCUGAUCGACAAAUAUCAGUUCGAAUGGGACAGUCUUUUUGGUCUCGAGGGCCUUCGUUAUCGUCCCGCUUUACAGCCGAUGACUUCCCUAGCUUGCAGCUCAGCGAGGAUGCUGAACACAGCUAUGCUUCUGUAUUGCAAGCUACAAUCGAGCUCACUCAGCUUUUACAUAAUGUUCAUGAUAUACUUUACUCCGCCAAAGCACGGACUUUACAAAUGAUGUUGUCAGGCGACUACAAUCGAUAUCUAGAUGAUUUCCGCAAGGCACUCUCAACAUGGCAGGAUUGUUGGGGGAAUUUGAAGGCAUCACCAAAACUUCAUAGUACGCUUCGUAUUGUCAUUGAAUAUGUCCGUUUAUAUGUAAAUGCUUUCUCCUUUCAGUCUAUUCUAUCGCGGGCGAGCCGAAAUGGAAUAGCUACAUCUUCCCCAUUCCGCCGCGACCGAGUACAAUCUCUCUUCCCGCAAGGUAUCAUGGCAUCGGCAGAUGGCGCUUAUAUAUAUGAAGCGGUGAAUGCCGCCAGAAAUAUUCUAAGUAUUGCGGUCGAAACUGAUCCAGUCGCCCACAUUCGCUACAUGCCCUUUCGCUUUUAUGUGUACACAAUUUACUCAGCUGUGUUUUUAUACAAAGCCGACUUUUUCGGCGCCUUCUCAGCCGUAGAACACAACGACGUAAUGGAUCUGGUGAGGCGGUUUAUCCGUGUUCUAAGCGACGCGGCCACCAGCGAUCGUCAUAUUGGCUAUCGGUAUAGCAAACUCUUGAAAAGGCUAUGGUUCAACGAAAAGACAUCCCCCACAACGCUAUCUACCGCUAGACCGGAAGGAACCCAGAUCAACCCAGGAGCAUUCCCAGCUUCUCAUGAGGACCAAGCGCAAAAUGCCUCGAACACAACCCUGAACGAUGCAACCUAUAACUUUCCGUCCAAUAUGGAUCUAUCGAUUCUAGAAGCCGAUUUUGGAGCAAUUCCAGAUUUCAACCCUUUCUACCCGAGCUUCUCUACUUUGGAGACAGAGCUUUUCGCCGCAGGGACAGCUCCAAAUAUGUAG